GUGACAAGACGAAAGCAGGGUGAAAUGGCUCUUGGGGGCCUCCGAGUUUUAUUACUUCUAAUUUCCUGCUUUGUGUGCACACUGUCGCAUACACAAAUCAGUCUAAACGGGGAAUGGAUUGCCAAGAGUAGCAAUGGAAGUAUUGUCGUGUCCUCCACCGUGCCAGGCAGUAUAUACACAGAUCUGAUCAAAAACGGCACCCUGAAGGACCCAUACUACAGGUUCAAUGAUGAGGAGUACAGAUGGGUGGCCAAGGACGACUGGACAUUCACAAGAACAUUUACAGUUACCUCACCAAUGCUGAAAGCUUCUUCAAUCAAACUUGUUUGUGAUGGUUUGGAUACUGUGGCUUCUGUCUAUGUUAAUAACCAGAAAGUUGGAGAAUCAAUCAACAUGUUUGUCAAAUACAAGUUUGACAUCAAGCACACCUUAAAGGCAGGCCCAAAUGAGGUGAAGCUAGUGUACCAGUCUCCAGUGAAGUAUGCCUCAGACAUGGCAAGUAAACACUGGGAAUACAAGGUGCCCCCUGAGUGUCCCCCAGAGGUCCAGCAUGGGGAGUGCCAUGUGAACUUCAUCAGGAAAGAACAGUGCUCUUUCAGCUGGGACUGGGGGCCAGCUUUCCCUACUAUAGGGAUAUGGAAAAAUAUCAGUGUUGAAAUAUCAAACUCAGUUGUCAUAGAGGCUGUUAUGGUGGAAACAAAACCUGUGGGUGACUACAGUUCCUGGAUGCUCAGUGUGAACACUUUCUUUGACCUGUAUGGCAGUGGCAAGUACCCUGGUGUUCUGGAGAUCAGAGUACCUGAGGUGGGGCUAGUACAGAAACUGUCCACCACUGUGGGAGGCGGGGUGAAGAAUAUCACUGCAACUUUGAAAAUUGAUAAGGGUAAAGUGAAGACUUGGUGGCCGAAUGGACAUGGUGAACAGCCCUUGUAUUAUGUAGAAGUGCUGUUCACUAGUCAGACUACCAGUGAACUCACUGCCAAGAGGGUGAGAGUUGGCUUCAGGACAGUAGAACUGAUACAGGAUAAAAUACCAAAUGCAAGUGGGCUCUCAUUUUACUUCAAAAUCAACGGCAAACCAAUCUUUAUGAAGGGUUCUAACUGGAUUCCUGCAGACAGCUUCCAGGAGAGGCUCACCCCAAAAUACUUACGCAGUCUGUUAACCUCAGCACAGGCAGUGCACAUGAACAUGCUGAGAGUGUGGGGUGGUGGGAUAUAUGAGAGUGAAACAUUCUACAGCCUGGCUGAUGAGCUGGGUAUUCUUAUCUGGCAGGACUUCAUGUUUGCUUGUGCUCUGUAUCCUGUAGAUGAGUACUUCCUGGACAGUAUACAGACAGAAGUUACUCAUCAAAUUCUGCGCCUCCAGGCGCAUCCCAGCAUAGCAGUGUGGAGCGGCAACAAUGAGAACGAGGGCGCUAUUGCCAACAACUGGUAUAAUAUAACAGAUUUCAAGAGGUAUAAGGCAGACUAUGUCACUUUGUAUAUUGACAAUAUUAUGAAUAUAACACAAAAGCUGGAUAGAACGAGACCGUUUAUUCCCUCCUCUCCAUCCAAUGGGAUUGAGACUCAGCAGGAGGGAUGGGUUGCUAAGCAACCACAAGACGUCCAUUUUGGUGACAUACAUCAUUAUGAUUAUGGUACUAAAAGUUGGGAGUGGAAUCACUAUCAGAUCCCUCGUUUCUGUUCGGAGUAUGGCUUUGAGGCUUGGCCAUCUUUUGAAAAUUUGGAGAAAGUCAGCGUCACAGAGGACUGGAAUUACAACAGCGAGUUUUGUGACCACAGGCAACAUCAUGGUGAUGGAAACAAGCAGAUGGUGACUCAGCUGGGAUAUUAUCUAAAUCUACCAUCUAACCCUGAUCCAGUCCAGCAGUUUAAAGACUACAUAUAUCUUACACAGAUAAACCAGGCCAUGAGCAUAAAGACAGAAACUGAGCUGUUUCGUAGAAGUCAGAGCACAGUGGUAAAUGGCGUUGGGAUGACCAUGGGAGCCCUCUAUUGGCAGUUACAAGAUAUAUGGCAAGCACCCUCAUGGGCAUCUAUAGAAUAUGGUGGAAAAUGGAAAAUGCUGCACUACUACGCCAGGCAUUUCUUCAGUCCUGUUCUGGUUUCACCAUACAUAGAUGGCGCUGUGCUCAAGGUUGUCUUGGUUGUGGACACACUGUCAUCAGGCAGGGCAUUACAGAAGUCUGGUAACACUCUGUACAUUCAAUGUUAUAGCUGGGACAACUUAAAACCUCUCUAUACAUGGACACAAAAAGUAGAUGCUCCCAAAGUAGCAGCUAGCCAGAUAUUUCAAGCCAAUGUCACAGCUAUGCUGAAGACGGCCAAAUGCAGCAGCCUGCAGCACUGUGUUUUCUUUUUCUUUUUGAAUGAUGUCCACACUGAGGUGAGAAACUGGGUUUUACCUGUCCCCUUGAAGACAGCAGUUGGGAUGAAGAAGCCAAAUGUAACGAUUUCAACAGUGACACAAAAAGACUCCCAAACAUAUCAGAUAAAAUUAACCACAGCAGCAGUUGCUCCCUUUGUUUGGCUGGAAGCCAACGGGAUUUUGGGAAGAUUUUCUGACAAUAGUUUCCUCAUGGUUCAGUCUACAACUAACAUAGUGUUUUAUGCUUGGGAGACAACUGAUCUCAAUUCUUUGAAAAAAGCACUCACCGUGCGGUCUCUUAUGGAUGUUUAUAAGUAGCAGGAAUGUAGAUGUUUAAAUAUGGUGUGAGAGAGAGUUUUACUUUUUUGACAUAACUAUUGUUGAGAUUCCUAGAAGUGGAGUUAUUUCAAAUUUUAUCCUGUUAUUUUCAAAGACCAUCCUAUCAUGUAGAAUAUUAUGGUCUAUACAUCUGUGAUUUUUUGUCCAUUAUUUCUAAAUAUGACUGUCUCUAAUAGUACUGUUUUUUUUUUUUUUUUUUUUUUUUUUUUUUUUUUUUUUUUUGAAGCAGGGUAAGAAAGUUAUGAUUGGUUUUAUUAAAACUGACAUUAUGCACUACUGAUUAAAGUCUUUGAUACAUGUAAUUAAUACAAGGAAAACGUGCUGUAUGAACAUCCUUUGUCAUUCUGACAUUGCAGAUUGCAUAAGUGACAAUAAAAACAGUUACAUUUGUAUUUAAUACAAGUCUGUUUAACAGGCCUGUUCAUGUUUACCAGAACAUGUGAAAUAUGUAUUUUUUGUUGUUAAAUUCUUUACAUAAUUAAUUCUUAGCCUAUCCAAACAGUUACUUGUAUUUGAUUGUGCCAUACAUGGAGUGAUGUGGAAGGAUCUAGUGCUAAUCAGUUUAAAUUGAAAUCCAGGUUGUGCCUGUUCAAUCCUAGCCAUUGGUAAAAGUAGGUGUAAGAAGAAAUAAUAAUGACAAUCAAUUAUUAUUUGUUGCAUUUCAUUGAAAUCACAGUGCACCUUUCAAAUUAAGAGUUAAAAUAAUUU